AUGGAAGAGUCAUUUUUUCGAAAUGCUUUAAUGUUAAACAUGAUGAAUAUGAUGAAUGAAGGAAAUAUGAUGGAUGGGAAUAUGGUGAAUGAAAUGGACAGAGAAGCUUUGAUUGAUGACCAUGAAAGAUUUUUGGAAGAUAUUGAAAGAAAGCGAAAUAAUUUUUAUAAAUCAACUUCCAAUCAAAUGAAUAAAGGUAUAUAUCAACAUGUUAGUCUUGAAUUAAAAAAUAGAAUUUCUAUCACAGAUUUACAACUUGAUCAUGUACAUCACGGAAAAUUUUUAUUAUGUCGAGUGAUGGCAAAAUGUGGAAAAAAGGUUUCCCUUAUGACACUUGUUGAAGACCCAGAAGGUGAUGCUGUAAAACUUGCUUUAUACAAUUGGAUUAAACAAUCUGACAUUCCCGUAAAAUACCGUAGAGGAUAUGUUCCUGUUGAUGAAGUAUCUAAACUUCUACCAAUUGGAACUGUGAUUAUCAUUAAAAACCCAUAUUAUAAAACAACUGCUGAUUUUACCACUACACUUCGUUCAGAUAAUCCUAGUGAUAUUGUUAUUAUUGAUCGAAAUAAUAAUAAUUUGUUUAGAGAAAUCAAAUGGUCUACAGAUCUCGAAAAACCUGACAAGCAAAUUUUAUCAGCUGAUGAUUUUCGUUGUCGUGGAAAUGAUUAUUUUAUAUCUAAUUAUUUUGCAUCAGCAAUCAACGAAUAUUCAAAUGGUAUUGAGCUUGAACCAAAUAACGCUACACUUCUUUCUAAUCGUGCAGAAGCAUAUUUAAGAUUGGGUCGGUUUACAAAUGCUAUUACUGAUCUGGAAAUUACUCUUAACAACGAGAGUAAUCAUCCAAAGGCAAUUUAUCGUAUGGGUAAAGCUCUUUGUGGUCUUAAACGUUAUCAAGAAGCUAUAACUAUGCUUAGAGAUUUCCAUCAAAAAAUUCAAUCAAGUACUGAUAAUUCCACUAUUUCAACUAGGAAAAGUAUUGAGCAAUUGUUGAAGCAUGCAGAAAUGUUGGAUUUGGAAAGUCGAAAUGGACAGUAUAAUUUUAUUAAUAUUGUUGAUGAGUUUUGUGAAAAGUUGAAUGCCUUAACAGUUGUUAAUGACUCUGAGAAAAUUGGACCUAGAUUGGAUCAUGCUGAUUACUUGAGUAAUGAUAUUGAAAUUCGUAAUGUCAAAAAGAAAGGAAGAGGUUGGGUUGCCAAAUGUGAUAUUCCUGAAGGUACUCUUUUGAUGGUCUCAAAAGCAUUUAAAGCGAUAUUUGCAUAUGAAGUUCCUUUUAGUUUUAAUAUUGAUGCUUCAUCAAAGUCUAUGAAUACAGGAACACAAAAUGAAUUAAUAGCUUAUAUUGCUCAGAGGCUUACAGAUGAGCCAGACCUUCGUAAGGAGAUUUAUAAGUUGUAUAGUGGUCCAGAUUUAGCCCCAAUAUCUAAACGUGAUGAGAAUGCAUUGCAUUCAGUAGAUAUCAAUAGGAUUGAAAAGAUUGUUAAAUAUAAUACUUUUUCAUUAUUGAGUUAUGAACAAGUUUCUGAGUAUGUUGAAGGAAUGAGUUUAUUAGAUGUUGAAAAGAACGGGACAGCAUUAUGGAUUUUGCCAUCUUAUUUCAAUCACGCAUGUGUUGAUAACAAUGUUAGUUGGGUAGGUUUUGGCGAUUUGAUGAUUUUAAGGACUUCCCGGCUAGUUUUAAAAGGGGAGGAACUAGUUUUAAGUUAUUGUAGUUCUGAUAGUCCAUACGAAGAACGAUGCAAUACUCUCAAAGAUACAUUUGGUAUAAAUUGUCAAUGUAGACUUUGUAAAUUGGAAGGGUCGGAACCAUCUAAGGUCAAACGUCGGCGAGAUGUCAUUCUUGAAACUUUUACCGAUAUAAAAAGUCAGGUUAGAAUGGUUAUUAAUAAUCCUCAACUUGAUGCUUCUCACAUUAUCCAUCAAUUAGAAAAGAUGAUCGAUGAGUUGCAUGAUUUACGAAAAGAACAUCCGGAAUUAAAUUUUCCUUCAUUUUUGAUUAAAUCUGCUUUGGCGACAGUUUAUGGGAUAAAAGGAAAUACUCAUCGGUCAAUUUCUCUUUAUGAAGAACUAUACAAAUUUUCAAAAAAAGCUCAAACUCCACUAAUUACUAGUAAUACUGCUUUUCAAAUUUCAUUCCGUUAUUUUGGAAUGUUGAAUAUUAAACAAGCUAAAAAAUGGUUUAAUGUAGCAUUGAAAGAUUUGGCAGAACCUAUAAGAGGCAAAUUUAAAAACAAUGAAACUGGUUGGAGAAAAGAAGCAUUGCAUUAUGCAGAGAAGUUAAUGCCAGAUAUGAUUACAUAUGCUAAAAAAAUAGGACUUAUUGAUCAGAUUUUUUAA